AUGAGGACUCACACUUGCGAAUACUGUCAACGACUCGUGCUGAAAAUACCGGAAGCCCCUACAGAUUUUGAUGAGCUUGAUGCGAGGAAUACUACCGCUUCCGUGUGGGAUCUGAACGACAUCGAAUGUGCAGCGCAGGCUGGUUGCCCGCUCUUUCUUGCGCUGGUAAACAAGUAUACAGAAGGGGGACGGACACUGCAAAGCCUUCUUCCCACUCCAAUACUGUACAAGCACUGGCUUUAUCGCGAAGAGAACAAGUGGGAUUUGUGGAUGCAGUUGCAUCCUCAGGCUGAACCGAUGACUAAAUCUUAUGCGCCCAUUGGAUCUUCCUAUGUGUUUUAUGAGCCUUUCCUUUUGGAAGCCGAUGGGUACAAGCACGUUGGAAAUUGUAACUCCCAUGUACCGGGGAGGCGCCGCAUCAACCUUCGACCCGGCGCCCCGGAAAGUUUCCUACUUGCCCGUUCAUGGAUUGAGGAGUGCAUCGCCCAGCAUAAUCACGAACCCGGUGGGGAACCGACUACAGCACCUUUGCGGCUCGUUUGGCUCCGCAAACGACCCGGGACUUACGAUCUCCAGCUUGUUGAGCCUCCUGGGAACGCCAAUGGAUCCAGUUGUUUCGUAGCUCUUAGCUAUUGCUGGGGCGGUGACCAAAGGCAUAAGACAACCAAAGCUAGGCUUCGGGCUUCCGGGGGUCGGCUGCUCUUCCACGAGCUACCUAGGACUAUACAAGAUGCGAUUAAGAUCACGGCGGGGCUUGGCUACGAAUUCAUUUGGAUCGACUCGCUCUGCAUCGUACAAGACGAUGCCCUGGAGGCUCAGCGAGAGAUUGCGAAAAUGCCACAUAUCUACAGUCGUGCAAUAGUUACGAUUGCUGCAGCAACAGCAGCGUCCGCUUCUGAAGGGUUUUUACAUGAGCGUUGCGCUGACGAUACGGUGAUUACCGGCAUACGACUGCAACAUUCGGACGGUAGCACCCGUAUGGUCGGGUUAGUCAAUCGCGCGGAAGAUGACCCCGCAGAGCUUAAACUAAUGCCCUUAGAAGCCCGCGGCUGGGCAUUGCAAGAACGUAUACUCUCUACCCGGAUCCUUCAGUAUCACCCUCGCCAACUGCGUUUCAUCUGUCAAACCACCUCCAGCGGAGGCUCCCCGUACUACACUGAUGGCUGGGAUUGGUUGCCAGACGAGGGCUUGCUUAACAUUCCCAGAUUCCCUCUACCCUCCGCGCCUCGAGACGAGAUCGAACGGUAUUGGGAGCGAAUUGUCGAACUCUACUCAAACCGUAAAUUGACAGUAGAUGCGGACAGAGUCCUUGCAAUAUCUGGAAUAGCGGCAAGAUUGGGACAGCUCCUAGGCCGGCAUAUGAAGUACGUAGCUGGGCAUUGGCUAUAUAUGCUUCCAAGAGAUCUGCUUUGGUCAACGCAGGAUCCCGAACCGACCAUACCAGACGUCUGGCUCGGCCCCUCAUGGUCAUGGACCAGUGUCAAGUGCCGUGUAGACUACGAAUGGGUACCCGAGGAGGAAGAAGUAAAUUGCGGCCAGUAUAGAUUGACCUGGGAAGUCCUGGGUGUCGACGCUGAGUUGGUCGAUGAGCAAGCUCCAUUCGGAGCCUUGAAGAAAGGCAUCCUGCGCAUGAAGGCACCCAUAUUACGCGUUCACUUGCGAGGAGACACUGUAUUGAGCUGGGCUGACGGACUUAGCCUACUGCGGAAUUCGGAGUUACGGACUCCCGACGGACUCGACGUCCAACGAUACAUAGAUACCUAUCAGCUCGAGAUCAGGAUGGACACCGAGCUCUAUUACAAAGAGCCUGCAGAGACCGUAUAUUUUAAUAGUUGGCUCCAAGUGCAUGCAAACAUCCAGCACAUGGCUUUUCCAACUCAGGGGCCUUAUGCUCAAACGGGUAGAGCAAGAAAGAGCAGAGAAUGUGAAGCGGUAUAG